CGAGCGGCCUUGCUGCAACGUCAGAGAAAUCACAGUGACGACUCAGAUUCUGGCUCUUCAUGGUCAUGUUCCUCUUCAGAUGUGUCUUUCUUCACAGAUGGAGACGACGCAGAGCACUUCUUUGCAUCUGGUGUAGACGAUGAAGAUGGGUUUUCUUCGUCUCUUAGCAGUGAAGAUGAAAGUGCUGGAGAAAACGGCGAGCAUUUUCCUAGGCACCAGAGGAUACAAAAGAAACGUUGGCCAGGACAGAUGACUAAGAAUGUAGUUUGAUUCUUUUUUUUGAAUUUUUUGAAUGAUCAUGUUGUAGGUAGAAGUAGUACUACAUGUACAUUCUGAUCCUCCUGUGCUGUAGUUUUCCUGUCACGACCUUCUGCAGCAUGAUUCUUUUUGUCUUUCACUUUCUUCUCUUGAUUAGCUUAGCUCCCCUAUCCCCGCCUAGGUAGUCCUGCCACGAGGACAAACAGAAAAGAAUGGAACUUAGAAGCGACAACCAAGCAAGAGCAACUGCCUCUUUCUACUAACUAUCUCUAAUCUGACAUGGAUGCGCGGAAAGGCGAAUAGGGAGGGACCUACAUCCAGAGGCAAUGCUGGUCGAAUGAACCCGUCCGCUCCAGAGUUCGUACCACAAGGAGGUCUGGGAGGCUUCGCUACUGCAGAGGCGGCGCAUUUACAGCAGCUAGCAGAAAAGACGGUCGCUCUGCAGGAUGCGUUAGCAUUCGAAGAAGAGCAGGUGCAGGACGGACAAGGACAGGGCGGGACUUCUUCAAAGUCUCCUUACCAGCACAGAAGCAUUUUGAGACGCUCACCUGAUUUCGUCGGCUAUCUGCGCACGAGCAGGCGGAUCGAACCUGCGGAAUUCUGCGCGUUUCUUAGUGCUUUUUUAUCACCUGUGAAAGGCGGUUCGAAUAACAAUUUUGGCGUGAAGCCAGAUGAAGUCACCAAACAAGUUUUUGAACCUCCUCCUAGACUUCUUGGUGCUGCCGACGCAGCCGAAGACACGACUGCUUCGACGCCAACUGCCUCAGCUCCGAAAAUCGAGCUCCCAACCGAUUUCUUGCACUCCCUGAAACGGCGAAUCGUGGAUAAACACAAAGAGUUGUUUACCCUGCAGACGAAUCAUCAAGUGCUCUACGAUGCCGACGACUGGUCGAAACUGUGCCAGCUUGGGUUCGCAAGAGAAGCUUACUUGUGGGCACAAGGAAUUUCGUUUGUGGAUUUAGUCUCGAAAUACACCGACGUCGAAGAGGGUGCGGUAGUGCGAACACUCCGGUCUCUGGAAGAACUUCUGAGGAGAAUAAGAGAGCUAGCGAGGCGAUCAAAACACGCAAGUCUCGAGUUACUGGCGAGGGAUAGCAUCAAGGCGAUUAAGCGGGAUAUGCCUUUCAUGCCAAGCCUGUAUUUCGAUUUUGCAGGAGAGGAAGUAGGGCAGUCAUGAGCUGCUGAGGAGCCUAAGUUGUUGUACUGCUCGCUAUCGUGGUGUAGUAGUAUGCAAAAUGAAGAUGGUCGCACAAGAACUCUGUGACCUAGGACUUGCUACUUAUUCUUGUGCCCAAUUAUGAUAGGGCCGGGGGGCGAGCAGAUGAAGUAAGUAGUUGUUGUAAAAAAAGAUAUGUAGUUUGAGAAGAGAACCCCUUAUUUGGUGGACGGUAUUUGCUUGUUUUGCCGUUCAGUAUUUUUGUAGUGUUCCCCACCUUGAGCUUGAGAGUUGUUACAGAAGAUCUGUCAUGAUGGAAUGCCGCACGGACACUUUCGUUUUGAGCUUGAGAGUUAUCAUCGUUAUAUUACAGAAGAAGAGAGAAAUGCUGCCUUAUAAUUUAUAGUAGACGUGAUGUAUCUUUCAUGAAGAUCUUUGCUUGUUACUGUGUGUCGUCCGUGCGACGCCGACUACUACUGCAUGUCAUGUUACUAAAUUAUAGCUGGUACUUGAAAGAGCUAACGUGCGUCAAGAGAACAAUUACCAUCGAUGCACUGAAACUAUCUUCUGAAUUCGACCAGUCGAGAAGGACGAAAUGCACCAGAUUACCAAGGCAGAUCUUGUCCGACUUACGCUUACCGAAGGCUAAGCGGGAGUAGAUGCCGAGAGCGAUCAAAAAUGCGAGAUUAAGGUACGAGGAGAGAAGAGAAAGACUGGAUGUCGAUGGAGAACUUCAUGCUUUAGUUGUAUGCUCAUCGUCAUCUUGUCGAUGCUGGGAACAACUUUCAUCUCGACUGACCACCACGUGUGUUAUUUCUGUCUCCGCAUCAAGGCUUCUUACUGAACAGAAAGUGAGAACAAUGACUGUAACUGUAUGCAUACUGUUAGCAUUGAAACUUCAUCUUUUUUACUGAAUACAGAUGAGAAUGACCUUGACCUGACUAUUAAUAGUCAGGCAUUUUUUUCACUUAUUUGUAGACAUUCCUCGUCCACUUCUUGAGCCUGGAGACACGCGCGGCAUGCUAGAGCUGGAAUUGAAGCAGGAUUGGUUUGAUUAUAGACGGACAAGAACUACCUCUACUGGUGGAGGUGUGCUGCUGCUAUAUAAUGAAGGACGGGAGCAAGCCACAGGUGUGCUGACAGAUGUUGUGUACAGGCGGGAGUAGAAGAACUAGAGGAAACCUAAACAGGUCGGCGGAAUUAUAGAACUUACUGAUGGAUGAGACUGAGACGAGUAGGUGCUCGUGGAGCAAGUAACAAGUUCUUGUGCUGCAUGCUUGUUGUUGUGUAGAAUUUGAACAUGAAGAAGGAGUGGUCCUCUGCUGAUGGAAGCAGAUGAAGAAUGUCUCGAAAACGUUAGUGUCUAGUACGUGUAUAUUAGUUCGAC